GCCUUCGCCCUGGCCUGGCCUGGCCGGCAGCGGUGCGGUCGUGCGGAUAACGAACGAACGAAGAGAAAGCAUGGCAAUGGCAAUGGCGGCGAUGAGAGGGGCGGCGGCGAGCUUGGGUCCGGGCGCUGUGUCUUGGAACUCGAAGCGCUUCUUCCUCUCCUCCUCCUCCACCACCAGCCGCCCCCAUCGUCGUCGUCUACGCGCCUUCCCGAGCUCGGAGCAAACUCUGGAGGAGCUUAACCCUUCCGUUGAGCUGCUCAGGAAAACUGCGGAGGCCGUUGGCGAUUUCAGGAAAACACCCAUCUACAUCGUCGGAACCGACUGUACUGCCAAGCGCAACAUUGCAAAGCUCCUUGCCAAUUCCAUCAUAUACCGCUACCUCUGCAGUGAAGAGCUGCUGGAGGAUGUUCUUGGAGGCAAAGAUGCCCUCAAUGCUUUCCGGGAAUCCGACCUCAACGGCUACCUCGAAGUCGAGACUGAAGGCCUGAAACAGCUCACCUCCAUGGGCAGCCUCGUGCUUUGCUGUGGGGAUGGUGCUGUCAUGAACUCAACCAAUCUAGGGCUACUGAGGCAUGGAGUCUCCAUUUGGAUUGAUAUUCCUCUGGAAUUGGUGGUGAAUGAUAUGUUGAAGACACAAGCUACUUCAGACCCUGAUUCCUUUUCUGAGGCAAUGAGCAGAGUCCGACAGCGACACGAUGAACUAAAAGAGCGCUAUGGAGUUUCUGAUAUAACUGUUUCAGUACAAAAUGUGGCAUCUCAACUGGGCUACAGUAGCAUCGACUCAGUGACCCUAGAGGACAUGGUCCUUGAGAUUGUGAGGCAAAUAGAGAGGCUGAUCCGAGCGAAGUCGAUGAUGGAAGCUGCUGGGAAGCCCUUCUAAAAGAAGGAAGGAUCCAUUGAUGUAUAGACUGUUGGUCAUGUAUGUACCUCCUGAUCCCUGAGGAAUUGCCUUAGAUGUUCCAGGACCAGGAAGCAAAAAGUGCCGCCACAGCUACUGAUUGAUUAAUUUUGUACCGAAUGAUCAAUCAUUCGAUUGAUAUUUUUACAUUCCCUUGUGACUUGUGAGGGAGACAUAUGUAGCAGAAUGAAAAAGAAGUCGAAUUUAUUUUCAAAAAAAGAAGCUGUGAGUGUGGCUAGAA